UCGAUCUUGGCCGUCCAAACAAACCCUAUAAAUUUCUUCUUCCCAACAUACCCUAACUCGUCCUUUUCCCUUCCCUAACCGAGAGAACCCAAAUCGAUCAAGCCAUGAAUCCAUACCCUUCCAAGUUAUUUGAAAUUCAGAGAAGCCUACUGGUGUUGUUGGAUUCUUGCGGAAUCAAAGUUCAAGUUUGAUAGUUCCGAGAUUAGAUUUGUCUUGCAUAUGAUAUUUUUCAUGCUGGAGGUCAUUGCGUGAAAUUUACUGGUUCAACGCUGGAGUGUUAGAAGUGAAUUGCAGCAGUUGCUUUCUUAAGCAUAUUUCAUUUUUUUGAAAUCUCAAGAUAUGUCGAGUGGACCAGCGAGAAGGGUCUCAACCAAAGAUAUACAAGUGGUCCAAAAUCUGAUAGAACGGUGUCUUCAAUUGUACAUGAACCAGAGGGAGGUUGUGGAUACGUUAUUAGCUCAGGCAAAGAUAGAGCCGGGUUUCACUGAACUUGUUUGGCAAAAGCUUGAAGAAGAGAAUCGAGAAUUUUUCAGGGCAUAUUAUUUAAGACUGACAGUGAAGCAACAAAUAAUAGAAUUUAACAAGCUGCUUGAGCAACAGGUGCGAUUGAUGCGUCAGAUAAAUCCUACUGGAGUUGCUUCAAUGCAUGCUUCUAAUGGAUCACAUAUGCCAAUGCACCAGAAUUCUGCAUGCUUUGCCCCAGAGCAUACUGGACCAGCAUUGAAGCCAGAGAACAUGCAUCACCCCUUUGGUUCCGGUAUAACUAAUGCCUUUUCCAACGGUGGAUCAGCACUGCAUUCAAGUAUACACACUGCCGUUGAUAUGUCUGCUCAUACCAAUAGAAUCGAUGCCCCUCCAAGCAUGCUCCCAACUCAAAGCUCAAACAUGGGUUUGAUGCAAGCACUUAAUGGGGGAAUGAUAAAGUCUGAAGCUGGUUAUUCAGGCGCUUCCCCUUAUAUAUUCAGUGCCGAUGGCAAUGUCCUGGAAGCUCGCCCAUCAAUUCCAGAUGCAUCAGUUGCAUCUUUAAGUAGUGUUGAGUCCAGUUCACAAGCUCUGAAUGAACCACUUUUGGAUGCUGACACUUCUUCGUAUGGAUUUCUGGAUCAAAUUCCUCCAAGUUUCAGUCUCUCUGAUUUGACGGCCCAUUUUGCUCAGAGUUCAGAUAUUCUGGAGAACUAUCCAAGAUCACCCUUCCUGGCACCUGACAACGAUAACUUCUUGGAUUCUGGUGAAAGAGAACAUCAAGGAGACAAUAAAAGGUUGGACACUAUAUCAGAAGGUGUGAAUUAUGAUGAUUUUGGAAGUGACAAACCAUAAAAAUUUCAGUUGUCCAGCAGUGCCCCUGUGGUUAGGAGAUUUGUAUAUAGACUUUGAGGGGAAGAAACUCCAAAUUUAGAACUCCAUGGAAGGUAUUGAUUGGUUUGUGAAAAUUUUCUGACUAGAAUCAUAGUACAGCUUGACAUUAGGAUUUGUUUUAGGAUGAAAAGUAUUUAAUAACAUGUCAUAGAUCUCUCUUCUUUCGACCCAUCAUAACUAGGAUGGAUUGAAUCGCAAGGUUGGUUGUGGAAGGUGGAACAGAGAUUUGCAUUCUGGUGUGUUGAUAAAAGCUGUUUUUGUUGAUAGUUUGUGUUUUAAUAUGGAAAUUGAGGUUCCUUUGAA